GGCCGUGCAGCGAGAGGCUCAAAGCACACGAGAAUCAGUGAGUCUUGAAAUUACAGCAUCAAGCUCCGCGUCUGUUAAUUUCCGAAACCAUUUAGAUAAACACACUCCUGGAUAUCCGACAGAAACACACCGGCAAUCAAGACGCCGAAUUCGGACGACAGCAGGCUUAUACCACGAUGGUCUUCACCAUUGUUACGAUUGUCUUUCUUCCCCUCUCGUUUCUUACAUCCCUUUUUGCAUUAAACAUCGCCGUCUUUCCCGAAUCCCCCUACCCCAAUCAGUGGAUCUUUCCCAUUCUGUUCGGGUGUUCCGCCGCCUUUUCCAUUCCAGCGACUGUGGUCGCUCUCAAUGUCAACGAGUUGGUGAUGAAACCAUAUUAUCGCUGGCGCCUCUCAUCUCGCCCGAAGCGAGACCCAUGGGAAGGGCGUCACCGAAGAAAAGAAACCAAGGACAGCGACAAGGCGGACAAUCUACCAGUGGAGAGCGUUCCUCGUGGUGGAGGGAUAUUGAGUAUCGCUACAGCUCUGCAAAGAAUGAGUCCAUCUGGAGGUUCCUUCGUCGCUAGGAGAUUGAGAAACAAGAAACUUGAAGGGUCGGAGGGGCGAGACUGGGAUACAUCUGUGUGUUGAUUGAACUGAAUCAGUUCUUGAUUCCUUUUGCGGUGGCGAAACCAUAUUUUAGGUUGUUCCCAGACCCUCAUCAGGGAGCAUUCUCCUGGUUAUUGACAAAGCCAAGCAUGAUAAAUUAUGCUUAUUCACUGAACAGUCAAUCAAAGUGUCAGUAUUGAAGAGUCAUGGUUAUGGUAAAUUUAGCCAUACAAAGAAGACCAAAC